UUAUUAAUAUCAUUUUAAAGGAAUAUCUAUGUGAUAUGGUUCAUAUAGAUAAUUCUAACAUGUAUACUGGUUGGCAAGUAAACGUUUCCCAGUCCUAUUCAAUGCUUUGUCGGAGUGUAAAUAUGUACUAUUAUUUGUAUAUGAGUUCAGGCUUUAAACUGUAAGGUCAGAAACAUAUUGCUUCUUCCAUAUAUGAGAUAAAGUUGAAACAUAUCUCUACCAAACAAAGCAUUUCAGUUGAAGGGUGUUGCGGAAAAGACAAUGUCAAACAAUACUCCUCCUCAUUCAAAGUAUGAUGUUUUUGUAAGCUUUAGUGGCAAGGACAUUCGUAGCAGCUUUCUUAGCCAUUUGGUUAAGGCUUUUCUUCAAAAGCAAAUAAAUGCUUUUGUUGAUGACAAACUUCACAGGGGAGAUGACAUAUCAGAUUCACUUGUUGAAGCAAUCAAAGGAUCAUCCAUUUUGUUGAUCAUAUUUUCAGAAAAAUAUGCUUGUUCACAUUGGUGUUUAGAAGAACUUGUGAAAAUAGUUGAGUGUAAAGAGAAAUAUGCACAAAUUGUAAUACCCGUUUUCUACCGGGUAGAUCCUACAGAUGUACGACAUCAAAAAAGGAGUUAUGAAAAUGCAUUUGCUGAACAUGAAAAAAAGUAUAGCUCAUAUGAGGUGCACAUGUGGAAACAUGCUUUGAAAACAUCUGCUAAUUUGUCAGGAAUUACAUCAUCAAGUUUUCAGAAUGAAGCUCAGCUGCUUGAUGAAAUCAUCACUCGUGUGUUGGAGAAAUUGAGUAAGCAUCAGUUGUGUGUUGUUAAAUCAAAAAGACUUGUUGGAAUUGACAAACCAAUUGCAGAUUUGAAUUCAUUGUUAAAGAAAGAGUCAGAACAGGUCCGUGUUAUUGGAAUUUGGGGCAUGGGCGGUAUUGGCAAGACAACUAUUGCAGAAGAAAUAUUUAGCCAAAAUCGUUCCGAUUAUGAUGGUUGUUGUUUCUUGGAAAAGGUCAGUGAAAGGUUAAAAGCACAUGGUGGGAUUGGAUCUUUAAAGGAAAGCCUUUUAUCUGAACUAUUGAAAGAAUCUGUUAAAGAAUUGUCCAGUGGUAUUGAGAGACGGAUCGGCCGCAUGAAAGUUCUUAUUGUUCUUGAUGAUGUCAAUGAAACAGAUCUGCUAGAGAUGUUAUUUGGAUCUCUUGAUUGGUUUCGAUUAGAUAGUAGAAUAAUUGUAACCAGUAGAAAUAAGCAAGUGCUUGUUACCAAUGAAGUUGAUAAUGAUGAUCUAUGUGAGGUUAGGGUAUUGGAUUCUAGUGAAGCACUUGAGCUUUUCAAUUUGAAUGCCUUUAAACAAAGUCAUCUUGAAAUGGAGUACUAUGAGCUAUCAGAGAGGGUGAUCGAAUAUGCCAAAGGAGUUCCAUUAGUUCUUAAAGUUUUGGCUCAUAUGCUUCGUGGAAAAUGUAAAGAAGUAUGGGAAAGUAAGCUAGACAAACUUAAAAGACUGCCAAUUCCAAAAGUUCAUGAUGUAAUGAGGCUUAGUUAUGAUGAUCUUGAUCGUUUAGAGCAAAAGUAUUUUUUAGAUAUUGCAUGUUUCUUCAAUGGGUUGGAUUUGGAAUUGGAUUACAUGAAACAUUUAUUGAAAGAUUGUGAUAGUGAUAAUUACGUGGCUGGUGGGUUAGAAACGUUGAAAGAUAAAGCUCUUAUAACUAUUUCUGAAGAUAAUGUUAUAUCUAUGCAUGACAUUCUUCAAGAAAUGGGUUGGGAGGUUGUUCGGCAAGAAUCUAGUGACCUUGGAAAAUGCAGUCGAUUAUGGGAUGUUGAUGACAUUUUUGAUGUAUUGAAAAAUGACAAGGGUUCUGAUGCUAUCAGAAGCAUACGUGUAGACUUCUUAGAAAAUAGGAAGCUAAAGUUAAGCCCUCAUGUAUUUGAUAAGAUGACCAACCUCCAAUUUUUGAAUUUUUGGGUUGAUUUUGAUGACUAUUUGGAUCUUUUUCCUCAAGGGCUUGAAUCUUUUCCAACUGGUCUUAGAUAUCUUCAUUGGGUAUGUUACCCUCUAAAAUCAUUCCCAGAGAAGUUUUCUGCAGAGAAUCUUGUUAUAUUGGACUUGUAUCUUAGUCGAAUGGAAAAGCUAUGGUGUGGAGUACAGAAUCUAGUUAAUUUAAAGGAAGUUACAAUCAGUUUAGCAAGCCUGAAGGAGUUGCCAGACUUUUCAAAAGCCACAAAUCUUAAAGUAUUGACAGUCACUGUUUGUCCUAAUUUGGAAAGCGUCCAUCCAUCUAUUUUUACUCUUGAGAAGCUUGUGCGUUUGGACCUAGGAGGUUGCCGUUCCCUUACAACAUUUACCAGCAAUUCCAAUUUAAGCUCCCUCCAUUAUCUCAGCCUUUCAGGUUGCGAAAAACUAAGUGAAUUCUCAGUGACUUUAGAGAAUAUAGUAGAACUAGAUCUAUCGUGGUGUCCCAUCAAUGCACUGCCAUCAUCUUUUGGAUGUCAAAGCAAUCUAGAAACCCUGGUUUUAAAAGCCACUCAAAUUGAGAGCAUACCUUCAAGCAUCAAGGAUCUUACAAGACUAAGAAAAUUAAACAUAUGCGGUUGCAAAAAGCUUCUGGCUCUACCCGAGCUUCCUUUAUCAGUUGAAAUCCUGGAUUUAAGAAGUUGUAACAUUGAGAUCAUACCUUCAAGCAUCAAGAAUCUUACGAGGCUAAGAAAACUAGACAUACGAUUUUCCAACAAGCUUCUGGCUCUACCCGAGCUUUCUUCAUCAGUUGAAAUUCUACUUGUUCACUGUGACUCACUGAAGUCUGUAUUGUUCCCUUCAACAGUUGCUGAACAAUUCAAGGAAAACAAGAAAGAAGUUAAGUUCUGGAAUUGCUUGAACUUGGAUGAGCGUUCUCUGAUAAAUAUUGGGUUGAAUCUGCAAAUCAAUUUGAUGAAGUUUGCAUAUCAAGAUUUAUCAACAGUGGAACAUGAUGAUUAUGUUGAAACUUAUGUUGAUUACAAAGAUAACUUUGAUUCUUAUCAAGCAUUGUAUGUGUAUUCUGGAAGUAGUGUUCCAGAUUGGUUUGAGUACAAGACAACAAACGAGACAACAAACGAUGACAUGAUUGUUGAUCUCUCUCCACUUCAUCUCUCCCCUUUGUUGGGUUUUGUUUUUUGCUUUAUCCUUCCUGAGAACGAGGAAUAUGAUAAGAAAGUUGAAUUCAACAUCACUACAAUUGAUGUUGAGGGUGAUGGUGAAAAGGAUGGUUUCAAUAUUUACACGGAUUUGGAACAUGUCUUUAAUACACAAUCAGAUCAUGUGUGUAUGAUUUACGACCAACCUUGCUCUCAGUACCUAACUAGAAUAGCAAAAAAUCAGACAAGCUUUAAAAUCAAGGUUACAGCAAGGUCAAGUGUGCUGAAGUUAAAAGGGUUUGGCAUGAGCCCCAUAAACCAGUCAACACAUCGCAAUCUAAUUCAACAAAUGGAAAUAAAAGAAGCAGAAAAAAAGGAAGAGGCGACAAAACAAAGUGUGACAAAAGUUGGGAGAUGAUGACAAAAGCCUUUAAAUGCUGUUGCUUUCCUUCAAAUGUUGGGAACAGUUUUUUGUUUUCUAGUGUGUCACUAUUGACUUUUAUGCAAAGUUUACUGUAUUGAAAUAAUAAAAUAUUGUGGUAAAGAUUGUAUGAAAUGGAGUUUUAUUUGAUAUCAAAUAUCUGAUUUGUGAUAUUGCCUAUUUGAAGCUAAAAAUAAUAAUAAUAUUUAAUUUGUAUGUU